GGGAGUGACCUCACGCAGCCCUCGACAAACGCCUGCGCAUUGACCACUUUGGCGUCGCAAUCACCGUCAGCGACGGCGACCAAGCACUGUUCCUCACAAUGGCCGAAAUUGGAACCAUAUACAAAGGAAAAGUGACGAAUAGAUCAUGGGCAGAGCUUCCGGAGGAGAUCGUUCGCAUGAUAGCAACGGAUUAUCUAUUCAUGAUGUCCCGUACGACCUACAUUCCAGAGCAAUGGGAAGCACGUCUGUUCUGGUAUAACAGAGUAGUGUACACCGCUAUACGCGACGCAAAGACGAUGGAUAUGUUGAUGAACAUCUGCCCUCAGUGGACCGUUGCCCUGGAGACCCAUACAUUUUGGAAUCAUGUAACGCACAUCCUGGAUCCUCAGGAUAUCUUUGUUCGUCGUCAUCAUGGGACUACACAACAGAACCCAUACAACCUCUACCGCCACAUUGCCUAUCACUCUUGCCUCAUAUGCAGAAUCAAUUCUCCGCAAAACUCAAAAGGAGUGUUACUAGCGGACCGCCUUAUCAACACCUUUCAUUUGGGGAAUUGUGGAAUUUGUCGCGACCACAGAAGUCAUCGCACGGCAUUUUGUGGUUUAUGUCUCCGAGAAGGGCAGCCCUACGAAUUGGAAGCUGGCAUAGAUCGCGCAUUAGCCGUGUUUUGCAUGGCGAACGAAGACGAUGAAAUUUGGCCCGGAGUCGAUGCUACAUGUCGGGCAUGUCGAUCAGAGUGGUUGUGGAAAACCGCCUCUCAGCAGGCAAAACAUAAAGACGCAGUGGGUGGAAGAAGGUUUCAUAUACAAGACUGGGAAGCGAGGACAGCAGUCGAGUGUUUCCUCGAUCUCGGAGAGAGCACUAUCCAAGAAGUGAUCGCGCUUUGUCUGGAAAAGUUCUGGCUACAGACACAUACCCGCCUGCCGGACAUGAUGUCACAAGCCUUGGCUGCCACUAGAUUCGCUCACGCUGAGAACGAGGAAGAAAUGGAGAUGGAGCUUAACAGUGAAAUUGACGAGGAAGACGAAGACGACAUGGAGUUGCUCCAAUUGACAGAAGAAGGCGGUGUAAAAGACCUGGCAUUGGGCGAUUGGGCGCGUCACAGGAUUCUCGAUGGCCACUGGCUCAGUCCCGCUGAUCAGUGGUAUGGGAACAAGUCAUACUCAGUCAGAGCGAUACAUCCCUGUCCCUGGGCAAUCGAGACGGGGCACGAACAUAACGCGGAGAACGUUGUUACAGAAGAGGAAGAUCACCCAAGCCGUACUAUACUUCGUGAAGAUAUCCCCCCGACAUUCCCGCUCUGUGAACUCGCGUAUCACGCACACCGAAAACAACUACGUCUUGUGCUCCUGCCCGCAAUGAAGAACUUUGUGCGCAAAAUCGUCAUCGAGUGUGCUGAAGACGGAUGUGAUCCAGUAAUGCGUGCAUCGAGGAUGUCUAUGGAAGACGUGAUGCGGGAGCUCCGCGAUGCAUCUAUGUGGCUCGACGGGGUUGAUUGGCUUGAAAGAAGGAGGAAUACUCGUCCUGACGAAUCCAGUCGUACCAGAUACGAUGGAAGUGAUGAUCAUGCGUCGUCUACAGAUUCUAGCUCGGGCAAAUCAUCAUCGGAUGAAUCCAACAUUACGAGUCCCGUGUUAUCCACCUCUACAUUCCAGACAACGCCAUCGCCGCCACCCCUUACCGAAGGCAAAGACCACGCAAAACGAGAUGAGUCGUUGGCGCGGCGAGUAAGGCGCCCGGUCACAAUCGCAGUUGCUCCAGUGCUGGAUCCUCCUCGGCUUAUUCACCCGAUCCCAUAUGUUCCCAUUACUGCUUCUCAUCUUCCUGUAUAUAGUACUGAUACUCUCAAACAAAUUUGGCGGGAAGCUUGCUCUCCCCUUUAUCACUGUCGAUGCAAGCUCUGUGAACGUGCACAGGCCAAUCAAGCCGCGCAGGCUGGCGCCGGCGCCAAUCAGCGAGCUAACGCCAAUAAUGGUCGCACACCACCUGCUCAAGACCACAACCAAACGAGGACUGCACCGCCCACUCAAAUACAGCUGCACGAAGUAAUUGACGUCGAUGCUGAGGAAGAAGAGGAAGUAGCAUACGAGAGAAGCAACGAAGCUGAAUAUGAUGAUGAAGAGGACAUCUCGGACCUAUCUGAUGUUCUUUCCGACCUGGAUGAUGACGAUGAUGCAUUGUCUAGCGCUCGAAAACGCCAUUACGCUCUCAACCGAAAACGAGUGUCAAGAUCUCGUACGCACUCUCCGGAGGUUCCUCCUGCUCAAUUGACAGCACACACCUUGAAACAACCAUACCGGACGCCGAGCCCCUCCAUUAGAAAUGAUUUCGAUGCUUCGCCCUCUCGACCAAGAAAACGAUCUUGCGACGAUGUGGAUUCUGGUUUGAAUACUUCUUUCCCUCUGGAUCUUAGUCAAUACCAUCAUGGUGAACCUGGGACACCCCCUAAACGUCCUAGACGAGACGGGCCUGUUAUGUCGUUGCCUGUACCAAAAAUAUCACACCAGCUUCGACCCUCGACCCUCUCACCUGGAAAGAUGAAAAAAAGAGGUUCUCAAGAGAUGGAUGGUGCCGAUUAUGUCAGCAAAAGGUUGAAAGUGUCUGAAGAUAGAGAGGAGGAAAGUGGAAGUGGGGACUCGCCACCACCGCGAUCGACCACGUCGACGUCAGUAGGCGCGGAGGAGAGUGAGGAUGACAACACUAUACGCGUUGUUGGUGCAACGGGCAUUGGUGUUACGGCCGACGCGAUCCCUAGAGGUACAGCUUCGAGCAAGGGCGGUGGAAUCGCUACACCGCCCGUAGAGCUCACCAAGAGAACAAUAACGCCUCUCCCUGGUCGAGGAUGACUACGUCUUGGUUGAACAAUGUGGUCGGUUAUUUAAUGAUUAGACGAGAAUGGGUCAUGAACCGACGCGAAAUCUAAUUUCUUUCUUCAAGUUCUGCUUUCGUUCGCCUUGGUUUCAAGAAUUCACAAGUGUUUGCAAAAAGAAGAAUUAAUGUUGACUUUUUCUCAUGUUCUGAUGUCCCAAUGCUUCCGUGACCCAUUUCCUAGAUUGACCAUGAUAAUCGAAAAGGAUUAAUUUCGUCUUACUGUUCAACUUGCUUUUUGUACUGCUGUAUAUGUAUA